AUCCCCAAGGCAGACUCGCACGUUCUAAGGGGAAAUGUACGAUUUUGCCCAGGGACUUUUUAAGGCAGAGAGAAAAGAAGAAACGCGCGGCUCCGUGUCGGGCACGCGACUCAACGGCCUUCCGUCCGGCAUUUUUAUUUGAUCUGAUUUGAUUAUUAUUAUUCUCGUCUUCCGUCCGUCCCUCGUCCGGCCCUGCUUACCUACCUCCGCAACCUAGUCGAGCCCGGCCACCACACCGAUUGACGUCCCGUCUGCGUGCACCCCUUAUAGCCCGGCGCUCGAGGCUCAAGGGCAAUCCAUCACACAGCACAGGCGCCCGGGCCAGCAGCACCGCCGCCCGCGCAUACCUGCCUCCUCGCCUACCAGUUAGGUAACCUUAGGUACCUAGGGUAGCGAACUGAAUGGUACCUCCCUCCCUACCUGAGGAGCCUCGGGUUAUCGAUCCUGUCCCGUCCGGCUUGUGGUCGACGUCCGUCCCCGACGCGGUAGAGAGCAGAGAGAGAGCGCAGGGGAUAGGAAUAAAAACCUACUUACUUAGGUAUGCUGAGCUUCUUUUUUUUCUUUUUCUUUUUUCUGGGUAUAUUUUUCGCCUUUUUUUUUUCCCUCUUCUCUUUAUUCUUCUUGCCCUUCUUCUCCUUCGCCCUGCGGUCUCUGGCGCACAUACGAUUCGUCGGGGCGUCGCAUGUCGGCCGGCUGGUGGGUGGGUGCAUUUGUACUGCUACCUCCCUCGCGUUGCCGGCAUGCGCACGUCCAUCCAACCGUCCCCGUGCCGACAGGUAAUGCCAUCAUCACCCUAUCGCGGCCAUCGCCUCACUGGCACCUCCUCCAUCACCCGCUCGCACGCCCCCGUCGCCUGGCCUGCGGCACCCAUGCCUUACCUACCUACCUACCUACCCAGCUUCGCAGCGUCGUCGCGGACGCCGCCAUGGUCCUGGUCGUGGUCCUGGUCGUGGUCCUGGUCGUGGUCCUGGUCGGGGCUGGAGUGCGCCGACGGUCUGCGGAUGCCCCGCUGGUACGAUUGCUGCCGCCCGCCAUGUACCGAGUACCUGGCCGCCUACCUUUAGGUACCUAAGGCUAGACGGAGAACGAGUCGGUCACAGCUCUCCCUUGUUACCAUCAACAACCACCACGACCACCACCUCCCUCCCCCUCCCGCGACGCGCCGCAGUAGUCAGUAGCCGCUACGGCCAGCACCCAUCCCGAGCGAGUUGGCUUUUCGCCGGUUCCGCCCACGCUCCGCCGACGCGAAGCACGCCGUACCACGUGAGCUUGUCGGGCCUCUAGCUGCGUCGUGCACGAGCGCCUCGAGG